AUGGCAUCAUCUUCACAACAAAGUAGGGUUAUUAAUCCUGGGCUAGAAGAUCUAUCACUUCUUCGGUUUCAGAGUAUUCAUGUUUCUGAGCAUAUUUGGGAUAGACGUGAUCACCCGACAUUGAGAGUUAGGAAGAGUCCAAAUAUUCCCGGUGGAUUAGAAGGUAUUCCGGAAGAAAUUAUUCCACAUCUAGAAUUAGCGGGUUUUGUUGGAGUGGCUAACUUGUCUAAGCUUCCUGUAGACGUGGGAUUGAUUACUGCAUUAGUAGAGAAGUGGAGGCCCGAGACGCACACCUUCCACAUGCCCCCUGGAGAGUGUACUAUUACCCUUCAGGAUGUUGCUAUUAUAUUAGGAUUACGCAUAGAUGGGACACCUGUUAUAGCACCCACUGGGGGAUCAGAGGCUUUUGUAGGGAGUUUCUUGAAGAUGAGCUGGUUGGACGAACACUUCACUCAUAUUGCCAUGCAUAAUCAGACUCCACUGCAGAUCACUCGGUUUGCUAGGGCAUAUAUAUUGAGGCUUAUUGGAGGGUUCAUGCUUCCUGAUCACUCUAGCAGUAGGGUAUCUGUGAGGUACUUGCCUUUGCUUGAAGAUUUUGAGUUGACCGGUCAAUAUAGUUGGGGUUCUGCAGUUCUAGGUUAUUUGUACCGAGAGCUAUGCAUGGCCACCAACAUUGAUCGUGUUGCUAUUGGAGGACUGACUGCGUUAAUUGUGAUUUGGGCUUGGGAUAGAUUUCCCCAGAUAGCACCUAUCAAUCCUCCCUAUAGUCGUCCUUAUCUUCCGUACGGUGUUAGAUGGUUAUCCCACGGUAUCAGAAGGGGAAAGAAAUAUGUCCACUACUACAGAUAUAUUUUUGAUCGUCUAGCACGUGAUGGGAUUGUGUGGGUGCCAUACAAUAUGGAACUCAUCAAUAUAUUACCACCUAUUUGUAGAGAUGCUAUGGACUUAUGGAGGGCAGUGGUGCCACUUAUAUGUUUUCAGGUAUGUGAGUGGCAUCAACCUGAUAGAGUAAUGCGUCAGUUUGGUAUGGUUCAACACAUACCAAGGACUCCUUACCAGCCUGACCAGCUACAUGACCUUACCCUCAGAGGGAAGACUGGAGAAGAUUGGUCAGCCAAGUUCAGUGCUAUGUUAGAAAUUUGGGAGAGUAGACGACUUUGGGUUUUGACUAAUGAGCCUCAGUAUGGUUUACUUAGCUCAAAUUCAGAGUACAUGCGAUGGUAUGUUAGUCAUACUCGUCGUUGGAUGACCAGGGAGGCAGCAGUAUCAGCUUUGUCGGGUGAUGUGAUGGAGAGAUUGUAUUACUUGAGCACUGAUGGACAAGAUUCUUUUACCAUUAAUAAAUUGAAGGACUUGUCUGAGAGUCUUCUGUCAUUGAAGAAGGAGCAAGAUCGCAUAUUAGAGCCUAUUUCAACCUCAGAUCCACCACUACAAAGUGGUAAUCCUGUCAAUCCAGACUUACACAUAGAUCAGCUGUAUCAACGAAGAGAAGGAAGAGGCUUGGCACAUCGACGGAGACAAGUGCAGGCAGCAGAGUGGGCUGUCCCGGGUACACACCAUCCAUUAGAACACCCAUCAUCACCUUUUACAGGAACAGAAGAUUACAUUCCACGACCUGAUUUCUUUUUCACACCUCUUCACGAGCACCAUUCGCUUUUGACUCCAGGUGCCCCAUACAGUCAAGUUGACCCUAUACCAUCAAACAUACAUCCUAUAGAGUUAGGUAUUGAUCUUAAUGCCAAGUUUGGUGCAGUUGCUGAUUUAGGAUAUGUUCGUCGGAACCCUCAUCGAGGAGCUCGAGAUAGGCAGAGGCAAUGUAUCUUGACUCCAGACGAUCAUCAUCAUGAGGCACACAGGGGGGACAGCAAUGACAUGUUUUUAUGUAGCAACUUAUUUUAG